AUGGAUCUCUUUCCACAAGAACCGUACCGUUCCGCUCGUCUCCUCUACCGUGCCCCAGAGGAAACCCCGGCGGACGAUGUCUUCUUCCAAGCUCUCUACGGCGACCCCUCAAUCGGGUCUAUGGCCUCGCGUGCCCUGCAACGGCCGCUCAGCACCAAGGAGCGGAAGGAGAUACGAGCCAAGGCCGAAGCUUCGAUGUUCUUGUCAGUCCUGAUAUGCAUCAUCCCAGAUGAAGGCUCCGAUAAGGAGCCCGAGGUGAUUGGUGCGAUCUAUUUGAAAGAACAAGCUCCCCUUUUCACACACAAUCGCACUCACGAUUUCGGAAUUACUAUUGCACGCCAAUACCAGAACAAGGGGUAUGGGCCGGAGGCUAUAUCGUGGAUGCUGGAUUGGUCUUUUUUGACUGCGGGGCUGCACCGCGUCGAACUGACGGUCUAUGAGUGGAACGAGAGGGCACAAAAGGUGUACCAGAAGCUUGGAUUUGUUACUGAGGGACGUAGGCGGGAGUGUUUGUGGAAGGGCGGGAAGUGGUGGGAUUGUAUCCAUAUGGGCAUUUUGGCGCAUGAGUGGGAGGCGAAGAAGAAAACUGCUGAUUCCUGA